UGAAACCAAUAAGUCACCACGCACACAACAAAACCCCCAAUACUACAGCUUAGUAGUCACUCCCUUCACUCUCCCAACAAAAUCCCCAGCUGAAAAAUGAAGCCAUUAUCCUGCACUAACAUAGCACUUUGUGCAGUGCUGGUGCUGCUGUUGGCUAACGCUGCGCAGGUAGCCAAUGCAGUGAGUUGCAGCCCUGUGCAGCUAAGCCCCUGCGUGAGCGCAAUCACUUCGUCAAGCCCACCAACAGCGAUUUGCUGCACCAAGAUUAAGGAGCAAAGACCCUGCCUUUGCCAAUACAUGAAGAACCCGUACCUCAAAAAGUUUGUUAAUACCCCUAAUGCUUGGAAGGUUGCUAGGUCAUGUGGUACUCCUUUUCCAAAGUGUUGAAUUUUUACUUAUUAUAUGAGUAUCAUCCUAUAUAUGAAUUAUGGAUCAUAACGAUCCUAUAAUAUAGUAAUUAAUUAGAGGACUAAAUAUUAUCGAUAGUAUUAGUAAUGUUGUUUACUUAUUUAUGUGAAAUAUAGUAUGUGUUCCUUUUUUUUCCCCUCUUAUUGGGUAUGUGUAGGUAUAUUUUUGUUGUCUAUGAGGAUGAGCUCGGAUUUGACUACUUUAUUAUAAAGGUUUUUAAUUUUUAAA